GUCGAUAAGUUUGUGUACCUAGGUAGUUGUGUGAGUGCUGGCGGAGGGGUGACGGAUGAGAUUUCCAACCGUAUAAUGAAAGCUAGGGUGGCAUACAUCAACUUGAGCCACCUCUGGCGCCGUCGCGACGUUAGCCUGGCUGUCAAAGGUCGGGUAUACAAUGCUUCGGUGCGGGCUGCGCUGCUCUACGCCUGUGAAACCUGGCCUCUCCGAGCUGAGGAUGUGAGGCGACUCUGCGUGUUCGAUCACCGCUGUCUCCGCAGGAUUGCUUGCGUUCGAUGGCAUCAUCGCGUGAGUAAUUCUGAGGUUCGGCGGCGUGUGUUUGAACACAGUGGAGAUCACCAUUCAUUGAAUGUCGUCAUCUGGAAACACCGGCUCCGGUGGCUUGGACAUGUGCUGCGAAUGUCACCCCAGAGGCUUCCGUACAGGUCUCUGUUCGCUAGCCCUGGGACGGGAUGGAAAAGGCGGAGAGGUGGUCAGCCCAUGACGUGGCGUCGUGGGAUGAAGGAUUUCUGUGCUAGAUUAGCAUCGGUUGGUGUGUCACGACUCCCUGGUUGGGGUCUGAGAGAUAGCUCAAAUCGAUGGCUCGAAACGUUAUCGGAUAUGGCCAAGAAUCGUAAUCAAUGGCGAAUGUGUUGCGAUUUCCUUCUUUCUUCCAUUCCCGAUGAUAGUUAACGAACACUGUUUGAACCUGUUAAGAAUGAGUGUUUUCCUUCCAGAUGAAGUUCUUUAUUCGUUCUCUACUUAUAUAUAUAUUUUUUCUUUUCCUGCCUUCCUUCCAUUUUUUU